UCCCUUCCACGCUCGAGCAUAGGAUUAGCUGUUCUUGUGAAUGGGAGACCCUCAGCUCUUGGUUCCAGGCGGGCCCUGCCCUCGGAAUGCUGACGUCAGGGGCUGGGUUUGAGGGACUACGUGAGGAACUGAGAAAGAGAGUGGCGCCAUGCGUAUCUAUCAGAUUGGUACUCGGGCACAAGGGGCGUUGUGAAGUCCAAAAGGCAGUUGGAAAUAUCGUUCAGGUUGCCGGAUUCUUAUCUUUAAUAUACCAGACGAGAGAGUAGUCGGUCGUGUGAUGAAAGUACGUGUCUGUGAAGCGGAGAAGGCUGGUUUUCCCUUUCGCUUGUGGUGUGCUGGUGGGUUUCUUCCAAAGUAGAAGCGCAUGGAAACUGCCGAUUUAAAGGGACAGUAACCGCUCUAAUUCCGCCACCAUGUCCUGCGAGGCCAGUGAACUGAACCGGGACCGGCAGUAUUGUGAACUCUGCGGGAAGAUGGAAAACCUCCUGAAGUGCGGCCGUUGCAGAAACUCUUUCUAUUGCAGCAAGGAGCACCAGAAACAAGACUGGAAGAAGCAUAAACUGGUUUGCAAGGAGGCCAAAAAAGGGCUGAGCCUAUCACAGCCCUUAGUACAGCCCGCAGUACAGCCUGCACAGCGCGAACCGCACCAGCUGUGCGGAGCCGAGAAAGAGGGGGAGCAGCAGAAGGCGCCCGCUGAACCCGAGUGCAAAAGCGCUUCCCAAAGCGCAGACGACCCCGGGCCUUUCAAUUUGCCGGCAGACGGAGAAAGGAUGAGAGAUUUUAUCACGCCUGCAGAUGGGUCUGACACCAAACAAACCAGAGAUGGGAUUAAGACAAACGGACAGACGAAAUCCCGUCCCCAGAAAUUUGCCAUGGAAUAUAUAGUUCCGUGUAUGAACAAACACGGUAUCUGUGUAGUUGAUAACUUUUUAGGAGAAGAUAGGGGACUUUGUAUUUUGGAGGAGGUUAAAUCCCUCUAUGACACUGGCAGAUUCACUGACGGACAGCUGGUCAGUCAGAAAAGUGACUCUUCCAAAGACAUAAGAGGUGACAAAAUAACGUGGAUUGAAGGAAAGGAGCCAGGGUGUGAGAAGAUUGGGUUUUUAAUGAGCCGCGUGGAUGAUCUUGUGAGACAUUGUAAUGGCAAACUGGGAAACUACAAAAUAAACGGAAGAACAAAAGCAAUGGUGGCAUGUUACCCAGGCAAUGGAACAGGAUAUGUGCGCCACGUUGAUAACCCAAAUGGAGAUGGGAGAUGUGUCACGUGUAUAUAUUAUCUUAAUCGAAACUGGGAUGCCAAGGAUCAUGGAGGUCUGCUUCGAAUUUUCCCAGAAGGUAAAGCACAGUUUGCCGAUAUUGAACCUAGAUUUGAUAGACUACUCUUUUUCUGGUCUGAUCGCAGAAAUCCUCAUGAAGUACAGCCAGCUUUUUCCACAAGGUAUGCCAUAACAGUAUGGUAUUUUGAUGCAGAGGAAAGAGCACGAGCUAAAGAAAAAUACUUAACAGGUGCAGGAGAAAAGGGAGUAAAGGUUGAACUAAAUAAACCUUCUGAAGUUUGACCUGUAAAUCCCCAAACCCCUCUACGCCCUGCUAGUAUGCUGAGAAAACUGAUGCACAGUGAAUGUGAAAGCAAACCGUCACCUGCUUCCUGCACAUAAAGAACUCUAAUACAUUUUUUUUUCAAUUGAAAAUGAAUACAUCAGCUGACCUUGAAUGUUAUGGCAUUGCACUGCAAGGAAUGUAAUACCCAAGCCUGUAAUUUUGCUUACGUGAAGAAUACUGACAUAAGACCAAACAACAAAAAAUCAAAACCGUCUUCAUUUAUUUUUGUGUAAUUUUGUCAUUAAAAAGAGGUACAAUAUACUGCAUUUGCUUUUGAAUGUGAAAUUAUAUAUAUAUAUAUAUAUAUAUAUAUAUAUAUAUAUAUAUAUAUAUAUAUAUAUAUAUAUAUAUAUAUAUAUAUAUAUACACACAAUAUUGAGGAUCUGCAUAGGGAAAGUGUGUGUUUGUUUUUGUAAUUGUUCAUGACUGUUUUGGCUGAGAACUAACCUCUUUUACCAUUUUUAGUUUUGUCAAUUCCAAAUUCAUAUAUUGAGCACUAACGCCAGCCUUUAUGGAUUGUGAGACUAUGCUUUGCUGAUUUCUUACACUAACUUGAAAUUGCUGUUUGUUAAUGUGGUGUUUGAGUUCUGUAAACGUCACUAUAUCAGUCGAAUUGUGAGAUUCUGAAAUCAGCCUGUUGUGGCAGCAAGUCACAGCUGUCUUAACAAACUUCCAUAUCUGCAGUAGUACAUUUAAAAAAUAGUUUUAGAAGUGUAUACUGAAUCUACAACUAAUCACACAAGAUUCAUUUUAUUUGCCAGUCUCAAAGGUGGUGUCAUGCCCUAGCUCUGUGUGGUUUUUCAGAACAGCUAUUCUGAACUUGUUCCAAGGAGAGAAAAUGUCAUUUUAAACAAACAGUUUGACUAUAAAGUUGGUGUGUUACAUUUUAGUAGAUUGUUGUUGUUAUGAAUCCAGAGAUAUAUAAACAGUUACAUUAAUGGUAUCAUUUUUACACCAUUGUUAAUUAAACACAAAGAUUGGAUUACGCGGUUGGUAGUACCUGCUUGUGUGUGAACGCAAAUUGCAUCUGCUGAUAUCCUCACAGAUCACAUAGAAGUACUUGAUUUUCCUAGCGACCCAGCAUGGUAUUUAAGGGGCAGCCUAUCAGAAGAAAAUCCUGUUGCUUGUCUAUGUGAAAGGUUAUUCUCCCCCCCCCCAACACUAUGUUUACACCUACACACUUAUAUGAGCCCUACCAACCAUCACCACUGAGAUUGUAAGAAAAACUAGAGGGUGAAUUUGUGUUAAUGAGCAUAGGUAAAGCUAAAGUUAACAUGUAGGCAAAUCAGUUAGGCAAAACAUACCAAGAAGUGUCUGUUUGCUUUUAUAUCAAAUGUAUUGACCUUUAUACUUAAAAUAACAUGAAUACUGAUGUUUCCUGAUGUUAUUUAUUUUGUUUAAAGUACAUGUUGCUGACACUAAAUCCAGUAAAUCUUACCUAAAAUGUUUUACCAUCAUUUUGUAGGUUUCACAUUUUCCUUUAUAUAAAAUGCACACAUUAUGCUAAAGGUGAUUUUCAAUGUUUUAAUGGUCAUUUAUUUGAUGAUGUUAUUGAACAAAAUCCCUCAGUCAUGGGAAAAGCUCAAAUGACCAGAAUUCAUGUGUGUUAGUUGUGUUCCUUUAUCGGGAAGUACAGCAUGGAAAAGAGUGCAAAAGACAUUCAUCAACAUUUUGUUUAGAAAUGCUUUGACUAAAACACCAUUAAAAUCAAAUACAUGUUUAGCAAACCGUGUGCAUUUCUUCAGAUAAAAAAAUGUGAGAUUUACAAAGUCAUGGCAACACAUAUUAGAUAAGAUGUACUGGGAAUUAUUUUGUUGGCUCCGUUUGCUUUAAAUUCCCUUCUCUGCAUCUGAACCCCAUUUCUUUCUCCAUCAUGACAGAGCUUCUCUUUGAUGGCAGACAGUGGCUUCAGCAGAGGGUUGUAUCUUAAGCCCCAUUUCCACAGCCUGGUACUCCUGGCUAUGGCUGUUCAUAGGGUGUUUCCAUUGUUCACCUGAGCGGGUGAACGCGGCUAUCUGGUCAGAUUUUGUAUCACAGUCGAUGUAGCCAAACUGGCUACAAAGGAAGUGUGUCAUCACACCAGAAGGUGUUUAAACUCUUUGUUUACAGCCAUGAUGAAACAUGUGGAACUUGAAAUAUAAAAACAAAGCAACAUUAGGUGACCGGCCCCCAACAAAUGUUUUCCUACGUGUCAGAAGCUGCAUAGCUUAAGGCAUUUCUUUACGGUAUAUUAUUGUUUUACAUGAAUUGGAUCUUGAAGGCUGUCUAAAAUCAUAUGUAGUGCCAUAAUGAAAAUAACUGCUUUGUUCUAAACACAGUGGGUCAAUUGCAACGAACUGAAUUGCAACGAACCCAAAAAUAACUGCUGCUGCUGCCCUCUGGAGGAUACUAAGUACGGAACUAACUUAGUCUAACUCUUGCUAUGGACUAAGAGUUUUAGUAUCGUACUAAGUACAAUAGGGGUAGACAUGUGAAUGUUCCAGAAUGUACUGGCAGUUUAUUUUUGCUGAAAUAAUGUGUGCAUAUAAUAUACACAUAUACAGUACUGUGCAAAAGUUUUAGGCAGGUGUGAAAAAAUGCUGUAAAGUAGGAAUGCUUUCAAAAAUAGACAUGUUAAUAGUUUAUAUUUAUCAAUUAACAAAAUGCAAAGUGAGUGAAUAGAAGAAAAAUCUACAGCAAAUCAAUAUUUGGUGUGACCACCCUUUGCCUUCAAAACAGCAUCAAUUCUUCUAGGUACACUUGCACACAGUUUUUGAAGGAAAGGUGCUGUUCCUCACCCAGUUUUAUUCCUCCUACACAGCUGUUUCUGUUUCAGUUAAUGAUUGUGUUUCAACCUACAUAUUGAAUUGAUGAUCAUUAGCACCUGUUUGGUAUAAUUGUUUAAUCAUACACCUGACUAUAUGCCUACAAAAUCCCUGACUUUGUGCAAGUGUACCUAGAAGAAUUGAUGCUGUUUUGAAGGCAAAGGGUGGUCACACCAGAUAUGGAUUUGAUUUAGAUUUUUCUUCUGUUCACUCACUUUGCAUUUAGUUAAUUGAUAAAUAUAAUCUAUUAACAUGUCUAUUUUUGAAAGCAUUCUUACUUUACAGCAUUUUUUCACACCUGUCUAAAACUUUUGCACAGUACUGUAUAUGUAGUCACUAUAUUUGAAGCAUCUGCUGCCUGUACAGAUAUUGUAAUAGUAAAAUUACAUUACGACUACAAUACUGUUAACUACUAAUAAUGAAGGAAUGUGUCGGAAGCAUUACAGUCAUGCAUGUAGAGCCUGUAGUAUGCGAUAGUAGGUAUCCCAUUUGAGAGACGUAUUUUUUUUGGGGGGGUGGGGGGGCGAGCAGGGAUAUUUAGGAGUAGGGACACUGGGUAGAAUGUGAAUUAAGUGUUAUUUUACGUAGUAGGACCUGGGGGCACAUUGAAAAAUAAAAUAAACAGUGCUCUUCUCAGGGUGUUUUUAGAAGUGAUUAUCUAUGAUACUUCUUCGGAAUACCACCCCUUCCCUGUUUUGUACUUGUUGUGGUCCAAUGAGAACGUGUGUUGAGUGUCAAAAUUAAACCAGCUUUGCUAGUUUAUUUCAUGGCAGUGCACUUGGUUGAGUAUUUUAUAGGCAAUCCGUGUGCCCUGCUAUGGAGUAUUUAACCAUGCAGAUAUAUUUUAAAUAAAAAAAAUAAAUUAUUACGUGCACUCAUAUAAAUAUAUUUUAGAGACAAAUUAAUAUUUAUGUAUAAAUGUCAGCCUAUCUGUAACAUUGUAAAAAUGAUUAUUGGCUCUUAAUAUCGUAAAAUACAUACAUUACUGGUACAAAUAUUUCAAAUGUUCUGAUUCAGACCCACCUUGUGCCGUGUCUGGCUCCCUGUAAAAGGAUAAAGCGGUUCUGAUAAUGAAUGAAUGAAUGAAAGAAUGAUUCAGAGCCCCCUUCAGUUCCUGUUUGGUAACAACAACAAUGCUUGAUCCUUAGUACCGUACUAAAGCUGGGGAUCAGCUAGUCUCCAACUUUGUUCUGCUUGUUUUUUCGAUGCAAUUGGUACUAACUUAGUACGCAGCUGGGGAUGAUCCCGAGAUAGUACCGUACUAGCUAAUACGCAGCUCCGUACUAACUCUGCAAGUUCGUUGCAAUUGACCCAGUGUUACCAUGUAAUAAUACAAUAGAUUACAUAUAAAUGACAAUUUAAUACAAUAAUUUGUUUAACUUUUUUAGGCAUUUCCAUGUGUAUGUUUGUCCUUAAAUGAUUAUGAUGAAAUAAGGAGCAAAAAAGGGAUGUUUCUCUUUUUAAAAAACGUGGCACUUAAACAAGAAUCAAAACCAGCAUUUUUUCAUGAAUAUUUUCACACCCAAGAUACAGGUCCUCUAUUCCUGGUUUUGAUAUAUGUUAUACACCAAAAAAAUAUGAAUAUACAUAUGGUCAUAUCAUUUUUCCCCCAAUAUGAAAUUCAAAAUCAUAUUUCUUAAUUUACAACCAUUGAAUGUGGUUUUUAAAAUUGUAAAUAGCAUGCUGUACGUGACUGGUUGAACCCCCCUUUUGUUAAUGUUUUAUAACAGCCUCUUCUGUGUAGAAACAGUCAUUUUAACAUCUUGUUGUUUAAUUCUGAUUCAGUAUAACGCUUUGUCCAGCGCAAAUCAUGACACAAGCCAAUUGCAUAAUGAGAUAUCUAGCAUGCAGAGAUGGGUUUACUAAGUUUUGUAUAUUAAUAGAUGUGAUACAAAAUGCAGUGUUAAUUAUGAAACAAGAGUUUGCUUGAUGAAUAAAAACAAGUUAAACAUUUUCA